AAGUUAUCGUGUGGCGGUCACAUUACCCAAAAAAAGCUUAAAAAAACACUUGGCAAAAUUCAGAUAAUAAACAAAAUCAAAAAUAGUUGAAUUUCGAAAAAGAUGGAAUACGAAAGUGUGCUGAUCGUAAAGCCGGAGGUGUUUAUCUACAAAAUACCGCCCCGUGCGAGCAAUCGAGGCUAUAGAGCGGCUGACUGGAACCUGAAGGAACCAACCUGGACGGGCAGGAUGCGACUGGUGGCCAAGGGUACCGCCGUUAUCCUGAAGCUGGAAGACAAGACCAGCGGCGCACUGUUCGCCAAUUGCCCCAUCGACACAUAUCCCGGCGUGGCCAUCGAGGCGGUUUCCGACAGCUCCCGGUACUUUGUUAUCCGGGUGCAGGACGAUAAUGGACGAUCGGCAUUCCUAGGGCUCGGCUUUGGGGAUCGAUCGGACUCAUUUGAUUUAAAUGUGGCGCUACAGGAUCACUUCAAGUGGGUAAAGAAUCAGGAGCAGAUUGAAAAGGAGAAAACAGAGCCGAAGCAAGAACUGGAUCUAGGAUUCAAGGAGGGCGAAACCAUCAAGAUAAAUAUGAGAAUAACGAAAAAGGAUGGCUCCGAGGGCUCCUCGCGCACUGGUAAAAACAAGGGCUCGUCGGGUGUCCUGCCACCACCUCCUGGUGGCCUUGGAAAGAUCGCUCCACCACCGGCCGCCGCUGCAGCCACGACGGUACGACAAAGUCCAGGCGUCUCGCCCGCCCACAGACCUGCCGCUGGAGGAUCUGAAUGGACCGACUACGCAUCCGCCGGCGGCAACCAAGGACAACAGAACUCGGCCAAUGCCAACUGGGUGCAGUUCUAGAUAGACAUCCUCCUGUUCCUGCUGCUGCUGCGCUUCUACCCCCCAGAACUUUAUUUGUUAAGGAACUUCAGAUGUUUUUUUUUAUUCUCCAUUUACAACAAAUUAUUUUCGUUUUUAAUACGACCAAAAGAUUGAACAGAACAUUCAGCAAAGGCGUCACGCGUUAAAGUUAAAGAUUUUUAAUUAAAUUGAAAUUGUGUAUUAGUUUCCCCGCCCCUUCUCACUCUCGUUGUCUAUCUCUACAAUUGCCUCUCGCUCUAAUUGGAGGUCAAUGAUAAUGGAGAAAUGGGAAGAGUUCUCAGUGGGCGGGGAUUUAUAGCAAACUAUUUAGCCUGGUUGUUAAUUGUAUAAAUGAACAUAAUGAUAAUUUUUAUGAAAAUUAUUCUAAAAUGUAAUUUGUUAACGUCGAGAUAAUGCAAGUAAAAAAAGCUAAGUUUAAAUCAAGUUAUACAUGAACACGAACACGAACACUGCAAAAACUAAAGUGAAAUAUUCAAAUUUUGAGUACUUACACACGAACAUACACGCACGUAAAGGACAUUCCGCAGAUGAAAGAUAGGACGCAUUACAUACCAAUCUAAUUUAUUGUUAAUUCUCCUCUGAAAUUCCCUCUGAUCAACUUGUUUCGCUGACCUAUCCUUUAAUGGAAUACAAGAAAUUAUACAGAUCUAUAUCAACCCUGUUCCCUUUUUUUAACUUUGCUCAAAUUUAGUGAAAUCGAAAUUAAUUGAAUUGAAAAUAAAAAGUUAUUAUGGUAUAGAUCGAUUAACUAUGGUUUAAAAGUUAAAUUUAUAAAUUUUAACUUUUAAUUUGGUUAAAAAUCCUAUUUUCUUAAUUUCGAUUCAACGAAAUUUGAAAGAAUCAAGAAAUUGGGAACAAGGCAAUACACAUAUAUAUUUUUUCUGUUUUAAAAUGGCACACACAUGCAUAGCAAUUAAGUAAAUCAAAUGAAUUAUAUAUAAUAUACAAUAUGAAGAAAUAUCCAUAUGUAUUUAAUAAACCACAUAAUUAUAGAGAAGGAAA